AAGUAAAGGAAGUCGGCGUGAGCCAGUGACCAAUCACGAGCAGUAGUGGGCGUGGUUUCGUUGUGUCUUACACCGCCUCCAGCGCGCAUAUGCACUGCAAACUUUUCCUUUUCAUUUGGUGUAAAGUGAAGCGACGGUAUCGGUAUCAGUCGGUACAUGACAUCCGGGGCAGCGUGUUUACUGGGUUUGUUUUGUCUGUGGAGUGGAGGGCUGGAAUUGCUGAUUGCGGAGACAACAUCAAAGCCAUAUCCUUCUGCUUUGGACUAUCUAGCUGCAUGUUGUUCCGGUCCCAGAUGUGUUGAGAAUGCACGCAAUUCACUCCACGAUCUGAUGAAACCGUGACUUUGAAAACCCGCUACAAAGGAAUUAAACCAACCGGAGAUCAAGUAUUUAUUUCCACCCGUGGAGUACUCCGGUCCAGUCGCGCAUUUGUAUCGAACCGGGUCAAAUACUUGCACUAGUUUCCAAACAAAGAUUCUACGAUUAGAAGCUACGUACGGGACAUUUUUGCGUUGGAUCACCGUUCUUUACCAAGACAAAGCAUUCAUCUUUAACACUACAGCUGAACAUUUCGAGGUAUCUCUGUCUUGGUAAACAGGUAGACACCAAUUGUUACAACACACGUGCACUUCCUCUCCGGGAAAGGGCAAAUGCUAUCUUGACCGAGUUCAUCCCAGCUCAACCCAUACUGUGGAAGGUUUCUUGGGUGAAAUCAGCUAUCGCAAGGCUUCUUGGAGAAGUCGGUGAUUACGUCCGGUGUUUACCUGCAAGUCGUACUAUCAAGGAUACUUGGUAUUGAUAUAUUUUUCUUGGAGUAUUAUUUGAGGGAAGACAGGAUGAGCUGUUUGGACGUGAUGUAUCAGAGCGCCUAUCAGCCGUAUCAACACUACCCAUUCUACCAGCGUCACUUCACUCAGAAGUUUGGCCACUAUAAGAUGCAAGAGCCCCCAGACCAUGAGACGAACUACACCCCUCACACUCAGUCGGUACCCCCAGCCACAUCCACCUCACCCUACCAUCACCCCCACCAUCAUCACCACCACCAUCACCACAGCUCGCCAACCACGGGGAACAGCUCCGCGAACCCCCACCAGUCCAGCGUGAAGAAGGAGGACAAGCCUACCGUGGACGAGGGCGAACCCACGGUCGAGGCGGAGUACGUCAACUCGCGCUGCGUGCUCUUCACGUACUACGCCGGCGAACUGAACAAAGUGGUCGACGAACAUUUCAGCCGGGCGCUGAGUCAGCCGAGUAGCUUCCCCUCAGACGGACGGGUGGGGGUGAGCACAGGGGACGGUCAGGAUAAACAAGGUGAAGGAAGCACGUGGAACGGCAAGAAUGGGGAAUCGGUAGUACCCCCGAUGUGUCAACGAGACCUCCCCGCCUCCUUCUGGAACAGUAACUAUUACAACCACAUCAGGUACCCCCACCACCACGCCCACCACAGCACCCCCAGCAGUACCACCAGCAGCACAACCCAGGGGUCUACCUCAAACUCCGCCCACCACGAGCCCCUCUUCACGGACCCCUACCCCUCACCCCUCCACCACCGGUCGGUUCACCACCAGCCCGACCCCUGGCACUACCCCUUCGUGUCCUCCCAGAGCUCCUACACCCACCACCGGUCCGGGAUCCACGACCUGAGCUACCCUGGGAUGUCUACGGGGGGAAGCGCCUUCAAUCCCCGGUACUCGUCCCUUCUCAUCCAGCCCUCGGUCCGGCCUGGGAGAUUACCUACGAUGCCGGGCCAGUGCGACUUUACCAAGGGAGCUGGUGAAGGGUGGCCGGCGGGAUACUCGCACAGUCACUCGCAACAGCUGUCGACGGAGAUCGCUUCCUACGGAAUGGAAUCAGCAUCUUCGUCAUCAGCGCUAGAAGCAGCAGACACAAGCAAAGAUCUCUACUGGUUUUGAGCGCGGACUCUCCGUGCGUCACAGGCGAUCGCAGACAAUCGCCGACGAUCGCAGACUACGGGCGUUACGGUCGCAGACAAUCGCCGACGAUCUCAGACUACGUGCGUCGUCUGAAAAUCCCAAAGGUACAUAGAUCUAAUGCGGUGAGAAAUAUGGUUGAGACUUAUAUGUGCAGUGUAAUGAUGUUUUGGUUUUAUUGGCCGGGACUAUAUAUAUUAAUUUUUGGUAACACUAAAAUAUACUUCAGGAGAUGUUCAUCCAAGGAAUAAGAAACUGCCAUCGAGACAAUAGAGCCUGAAAGUUAACCCGUGGUGGCGCGCUUCCGGACCCCUCGAAUAGGAAACUUAGCGUGUAAAAGUCAGAGUUGUAAAAUUAUUUUUGGUUUUAAAGAAAAUCACCCUCGGAAAAGACCUUUGGAAAAUUGUUACUAGCAUCUCAAUUUAUGGAAACUGAAAAAUCGCAUGACGUGAAAGAGAAAUAUCCUGCCGAAAAAAUGAGCCUCUCACUUCCGAAAAUCUGAAAUAUGUGUGGAAAAGUGGAACUCGGAGGACUCGUACAAAGAUGAACAUUUAUGAAAUAAUUUUGUGGCGGUCAUUGGGUAAAAACUGAAACGUAUUAACGUAAAUAGGAGACUAAAAAUUUUUUGGGACACACAAUUUGUUUUAAUUAACUUGAAGGUCUCAUUCGCAUUUACAAACAAUCUAAAAUGACCGUUGAUAAGAACUGUAUUCAAACAAGCCCGACUAAAUCUAGAAUCCAUCGUAUGUAGGUACGUUAAUCUUAGCGUCCUUAUCAUUUUCGUUCUCACGCAAGUACGCGAUUUAAAAACGAACGUAAUUGAACAAGGAGACCUAGGUUCGAAAAUCCGGCUGUGAAAGGUCGUGAGUAAAAUUGGUUUUUACCCACCUCCAACCGAUUUCUCAUGAUUUUUUUCUUAUGGAAUGCCCAGGUUAAACUCCAACAUGAAUGUUUCUUGGGGUGAUUACGGUUAGAAAUCAUUCUGUCAAAAAUAAUUGCAAGAAAACGGGCAACCCCGUGUAAAAUGCCCAUAGAAUGGGUCCGGAAGCUCAAAGACAAAACGGCGUAAUUUUGAGGCUCUAUUUCUUCAAAGAGGAAACAAAACAUUGGGUGCAACCUUUGCGUUGUAUAAUUUCCCACUGCCCUUUCAAAACUAAAUCAUUAUUUCUUGUGCAAGUUGCACUUGAAAAAAAAAGAAGACUUUUUCAGCGCACGAAGUGUUACAAUUGCCAAUGAAAAUGUUACCAUCUUUAAAAAAGGUCAUAUAGUUUCAUUAUCAUAAAACAUGCUUGUUGUAAAACCAAAGUGUAUUGUACAGUAUAUAUGUUUGUAUUUUUGAAGUUUUUGUACGAGAAAAUUACGAGGAUAUUUUUUUUUCCGGUUUUUGUGUGAAUUUGUUAUCCACAUAAUGUAGACAGUAGGUCGACAUGGUCGAACCGUUCUACCUUUUUUCAAACCGGGAAUUUUUCAGAUGCUAUGCUCAUUUUCUACAAGAAUUAUGGGGAAAACAUCUGCAAGAUGAAUACCUGCUCUGUUACGCGAAAAGAAAAACAAAUUGAACAUGUAUUCCUUGUUUUUGGUGUCAAUGUUUUGGUUAAAAGUCUUAGGGUUACCCCUAAAAAGAAUUCAAACGAACAUGUGUUGAAUUGCUUAUUGAAGAAGUUGGAACUGUCUCCCUUUUCAACACGGUUGCCUCAAUUUUAUCACAUUUGUCGGCGGGCACUUUUUUGGCUUUUGUCGGCGCAUCAAAAUAUCGCACGACGUGCAUUCCGUUCAUUCAGUCCUUGGGUUAAUAUAGAAAGUCGGAUAUUUAUUGUUUCUUUGAGUGUUUUAGAGGGAAUCUUAAAAAUGUUAUGAAGGGGAUUUGGUGAUUGAAAUGGAGCAAACAGAUAUAGAAGAUUGACAGAUGAUGCAAGAAUUAAAUCCCAAUAUAUGUUUUUCUUAAAUGCGAAAAACCAGGGUUUGUGUUGUGAUCGGCCGACAGUUUUGCUUUCCCCGCAAAAUGUUUUUUUUUCAAAUAACUAUUUAUCACCGAUUUUGUGCUUGACAGAAGAUUAAUCAUGGAAGUAUUGACCUAAAAUCAUAACUUAUUUAAAUUAAAUCCAAAUAUUGGCAAAGUGGUCACUUAUUUAUAAAUUUGUUUAUAAUAAUAUGGUACUAAUUAUUUAAGACAAUAGAAGUAUACGACUUUGUGUAAACCAGUGCUGGUCUAUUUGUUUUUAAAGCAGAGAAAAAUGGCAUAUCUAUUUAACUUAAGAAAUACAAUCAUUGGUUUCAGAUGGCCAAAAAACUGCGCUGAUCUGCUUAAUUGAACACGAGAGAUAAUAUAUGUAAAAUUUGGAUUUUCUUUGGGGCAAUAUUAUAUUCUUAUUUCGGUCGUUGUAAAGUGUAUAUAAAUCCAUGGAGUUUAGGCCUACGCGUGUAUCUUCCCUUGUCCGUGUCAAAACUGUGUUAUAUACGUUUAACAGUCGGUGAAUGAGAGAUAUUGAAAAGGUAUUUUAACGAUGUUUUAAGAUGUUGGGUUUUGACAUGGUAAUUUUGUACAGUGUUAUACCGCCCGCAAUGUUUUAUCAAAAAAGUUUUUGAGCAAGUUUUUUUCACAAUAUUAUAUUGAACCUGGUUUCAAAAUGUUGAUGGUGUUUGCGUUAAAAUGUCAUAUUGCGAUUUGUUAUUAACAUUGUUGGUUUUCUAUACCCGAAGUAGGGUUCAAAACUGACAACGCUAUUCAGUAUGGAAAUUUGUCCUAUUUAUUUGACAUACAAUUAUUUCUCUUGACAAAAGAUAUCUGUUGAUAGGUUAAAAGAAAAACAUAUUGGUAAAUGGACAAGUUACUUCAUCCAUGUUAAAGGUAUGAUGUGUUUGAUUAUCUUAACUCGAAUAAGUAUCCUAUCUCUUGCAUUUAUUUAUAUUGUACAUUAAGACAUAUAAAAAUUAGGUAAAUAAUAAUUUGGCCAUUAUUAGAUACUUUGAAAACUCCCACCCAUAAUCUUUAUAUUUGAUACCCAACCCGUCUUAUAAAUCAUAUAUAUAUUAUCCAACCAAUUUUAAGACAAGCGUUUAGUUACCAAAGAGUAAUAUAUCAUUUAUCUUGACAAACAUGCCUUAAUUUCCCCUUAUGACAUCUUCAGAGAUAUACAAUGUUUUCACGGAUAUAAAAGUAUCCGUUUCCUGUGUACUUUGAUGAAAAAAAUUCCAAGUGGGAAUUUAUCAAUAAAACAUCAAAGAAUACGCACCUAAAAGACAA